AUUGUUUAAAACCAGCAGAAUAUAAUUUAACUAAAGUGUUUUUACUUCUUCCUCAGAAAGGUGAAAAGACCYAACAGCCAUCAUGUCUGAGAAAAAGAUGUCAUCGAGCCGCAAGCAUCAUCUGAAGAGCCUGAUGCUCCAGAUCGCCCAGGAACUGAUAGCGGAAGAGGAAGCCCAGUCUUUAGAGGACAGGAAGCAGUACAUGAGUGAAAAUAUCGCUCCCCUGCAGCUCACAGGAUCCAUUGCAGAACUCCAGGACCUGUGUAAGAAGAUGCACCAGAAGAUUGAUGUGAUAGAUGAGGAGAGAUACGACCUGGGCAGCAAAGUUGGCAAAAGUGAUAGAGAG